GGAGGGUCGUACGCGCACGUCGAGGACGAGGUGCCGUUGCUCGAGGAACUCGGCGUGGAUCCGAAGCAGAUUUAUCGUCGGACGAUGGGUGUGAUGCAUCCGUUCAGGGUCGAGGAUAGCACGGAUGAAGAUCUCGCGGGACCGCUGUUGUUUUGUCUCGUCAUGGGCGCGUGUAACUUACUGGCGGGGAAGUUGCACUUUGGGUACAUUUUGGGUUGGAGCACGCUCGCGUCGCUCGGGAUGUACUGGUUGUUGAACCAAAUCAUCGGCGGAGGGGAAGGGAUCGGGUUGAACCGGUGCGGGAGUAUUUUAGGCUACGCGCUGCUGCCCGUGGUGGGGUACAGUGGGAUCGUGCUGUUUUUACCUUCGAAAACUGGGAUGUUGAGCAAGGCGCUCGCGGUGCUCUGCGUGACGUGGAGCUCGAGAAAGGCGAGCGUGGGGUUGAUACAGGCGAUGCCGCAGUCGGAGGGCAAACGCAUGAUCGUGACGUAUCCUUGCAUGAUGCUUUACACGCUGUAC